GCGGAAGCGGGCGGUGCUUCGGCUGACUUGGUCAUGUCAGCGGCUGGACUGGGAUAGGGCUUUCCUUUCCCAGGAGCCCGAAGGCCUUCUGGUGACCGGCACCAUCGUCACCUCAGAGCGUGGGUCCCAGACCCUGGACCACUGCGGUGGAGGCGGAGUUUCCCGAUCCAUCCAGACGGUGUCUGGCGAGAUUGGAAGAUAUGAUCCAGCCCUGUACGUGAACUACUUUGGUUAGUCAGAGCGAACAUCCAAUAAUGAGUGGUGCGGCUUUGGGACUCGAGAUUGUUUUUGUCUUCUUUCUGGCAUUAUUUCUACUUCAUCGAUAUGGAGACUUUAAGAAACAGCAUAGACUUGUAAUUGUUGGAACCCUACUAGCUUGGUAUCUCUGCUUUCUUAUUGUCUUCAUACUGCCAUUGGAUGUUAGUACGACGAUAUACAACCGGUGCAAACAUGCUGCUGCCAACUCAAGCCCUCCUGAGAGUAGCAAUGGCUCAGGACUGUACGGGACUGCUACCCCAGCUCCAAGCCAACACCCAUGUUUCAAGCCAUGGAGCUAUAUUCCUGAUGGAAUCAUGCCGAUUUUCUGGAGGGUAGUGUAUUGGACCUCACAGUUUCUAACAUGGAUCCUGUUGCCUUUUAUGCAGUCCUAUGCAAGAUCAGGAGGCUUUUCCAUCACCGGAAAGAUCAAAACUGCACUGAUAGAGAAUGCCAUCUACUAUGGUACCUAUUUGCUGAUUUUUGGAGCAUUUUUAAUUUAUGUAGCCGUAAACCCACAUUUGCACUUAGAAUGGAACCAGCUGCAGACAAUUGGGAUUGCUGCUGCAAACACCUGGGGCCUGUUUCUGCUUGUGCUGUUGCUGGGGUACGGCCUGGUGGAAAUUCCUCGCUCGUACUGGAACGGAGCAAAGAGAGGUUACCUCCUUAUGAAAACUUACUUCAAGGCGGCCAAACUGAUGACAGAGAAGGCAGAUGCGGAGGAGACUUUAGAAGAUGUCAUGGAGGAGGUUCGUAAAGUGAAUGAAAGCAUCAAGUAUAACCACCCAUUGAGAAAAUGUGUUGACACAAUACUUAAAAAGUGUCCCACAGAGUAUCAAGAAAAAAUGGGUAGGAACAUGGAUGAUUAUGAAGAUUUUGAUGAAAAGCAUAAUACUUAUCCUAGUGAAAAGAGUCUGGUGAAGCUACAUAAACAGGUUAUUUAUUCAGUUCAGAGGCACCGUCGAACUCAGGUACAAUGGCAGAUUCUUCUGGAACAAGCAUUUUAUCUAGAAGAUGUAGCAAAAAAUGAAACUAGUGCUACUCAUCAGUUUGUUCACACCUUUCAAUCACCAGAGCCAGAAAAUAGAUUUAUCCAAUAUUUUUAUACUCCUACAGUUGAAUGGUACUGGGAAUGUCUCUUGCGACCAUGGUUUUACAGAAUACUUGCUGUGGUCUUGUCCAUCUUCUCUGUGAUUGUCGUGUGGUCAGAGUGCACAUUCUUCAGCACUACCCCUGUCUUGUCCCUCUUUGCAGUCUUCAUUCAGUUGGCUGAAAAAACGUAUAAUUAUAUUUAUAUUGAGAUUGCUUGCUUCCUUUCCAUCUUCUUCCUAAGUAUCUGUGUGUAUUCUACUGUGUUCAGGAUCCGUGUGUUUAACUACUACUACUUGGCUUCACACCACCAGACCGAUGCGUACAGCCUCCUGUUCAGCGGCAUGUUAUUUUGCCGCUUGACUCCUCCCUUAUGUCUUAAUUUCUUGGGUCUGACGCACAUGGACUCCUCCAUCUCUCACCGGAACACGCAGCCAACAGCUUACACGUCUAUUAUGGGUUCCAUGAAAGUUUUAUCCUUUAUUGCAGAUGGAUUCUACAUAUAUUACCCUAUGCUGGUAGUUAUUCUCUGCAUUGCUACUUAUUUUAGUCUGGGGACUCGUUGUUUGAAUCUCCUUGGUUUCCAGCAGUUCAUGGGAGAUAAUGAUAUGACCUCGGACUUAGUCGAUGAGGGAAAAGAAUUAAUCAGGCGAGAGAAGAGAAAAAGGCAAAGGCAAGAAGAAGGUGAAAAUCGAAGAAGAGAAUGGAAAGAACGUUAUGGGCAUAAUAGAGAAGAUUCCACUAGAAACAGAAAUGUUCAUGUUGAUUCAAAAGAGUCAAAUUUUUCAGAUAUCAGUACGAACCGAUCAGCAGCAUCCAAAUAUACCAGGGCUAAUAAUAGGACUGAAAGGGACAGAAUAGAACUCCUACAAGAUGCAGAACCCUUGGAUUUUAAUGCAGAAGCAUUUACCGAUGAUCCUCUUGAACCUGAGUCAGGAAGGUAUCAGCCUGGUGGACGAUACCUCUCGAUGUCUCGUAGCAGAAUAUUUGAUGAUGUUUAAAGUCUGAAAGAAUCUGUGGAAUAACUAACCUAAAUCAACACAUCGGUUCAGUCUUUAUGAACAUCUGUAUACCCCAGAAUUCACGCUGCAUUCUCAGUGAAAUGUCAGGAUAAGAAAGACACUGAAAAUCAAUUGCAUCUUAGUGAUAAUAGUUCAUUUCGCAUUGACUAGAGUAGCAUCUUUUCUAAUAGAACUUAUCACAUGCCAUUUCUGCAGGGUCUGCCUUUGAAGUACAGUUACAGUUGGAGGGAUUGAAUUCACGACAGAGAUCACUGUACAUUGAGAUCAGCUAAUCCCGUUUGUCUCAGAUUUUCUUUUCCAGAAGAGUUGAUUCAAAGCUCCAAGGAAGCCCUUAGUCAAACUUAAUAACAUUAUACAACUCUUGAUUUACAUUUUUGCUGUUUUUAAAGAAUAUGUUAAUCUUCUAUUUCCCACAGAAUUGAAGACCUCCAAUAAUAACCAUAUUUACAAAAACCCAUGUCUUAAAACAAGGCUUACUUACAAACAUAACUGAAUGUAAAAAGCUCUUUUUCGACUUUGUAUGUCUAUCAGUAAGGUUUUACACGUACAUUUAAGAUUAUACUUCAGCCGGUGGUGUUAGUAUCUUUAGCAUAUGUGCUCUGAUUGGGCAACAGAUAGUUCUUUCAUUUUUUUGGUAGUAACUGGAAAUUGCUGUAUGCCUUUGGUAUUGCUUUGUAAAGAUUUUCAUUUCAUCUUUAUCAUUGAUUUGUUUUGAUUAUUCCAUUUAGGGAGAACCCUACAUAUUCAUUGUAAAUAGUAGGAUUAUUUUAAUAACCAAAGAUUCUCCCAGAAUUCUCUAAUUUUUAAGGUGCCUGUUUAGGCUUUUUGAAAAAGAACAUCUAGUUAUUCAAAAGUAAAAAGCGAAUCCAUUUUCCGUUAAUACUAACACUUUAAUUUGGUUUAUGUAGAAAACAGAAAACUACAGGCAGACCUUAGAGAUAUUGUGGAUUCGGUCCCAAACCACAGCAGUGAAGUGAGUCUUAACGGUAAAGUGAGCUGUCAUCUCUUUGUUGGUGGAGGGUGUUGCCUUCGAUUUAUAAAAACAGUAAUAUCUGUGGGGACAGAUAGAGCGAAGCACGAUAAAGUGAGGUGUGCGUGCCUCUGUAUUGGAACGUCAGUGUGUAAUAACUUGGUGGUUAAACGUGCUUAUUAUUUUGAAUUGAUUUUUUUAACCUCUGUGUAUCAGUCAGAGUUGUUAGGAAUUAUAUUUUAAUAGUCAGGCACAACAUGCUUGCAGAGUUUUUAUGUCCCUGAGAUGUUGUCAGGUCUCAGGACCCGCGCUGCGGACUCGCCCAAGGUGGCUGUACUCAGGCUCACUGGGACGGCCCUGCUACACACCCGCCGCCCUUGUGAUCUUGAUAGUGCUCCCCUGCACUCCUGGGUGUUCCAGUCUGAAAGGAAUUCCAUAGUCACUCUCACGGUAUGAUUACCUGUUUCUUAAAAGUAAUCUUUCCCUGGGUCAUACUUUUUAAUUUUUAUUUUCAUCUUUAGCGUUAUCAUGUAAACGUUUAAAGACACAGAUCUUCACAGACAGAUGCUAAAAGGAGUGGUGUAUUCUAGUUAUCUAAUGUUCUUCAAUUUUGUUUACAUUAGCUCCCUUUUAAAAUAAUUAUCAGUGGAUAGGUUUUACUGUCAAUCAGAGGUCACAUAGAAUGUCCAUUUGAGGUCUCACACACACACACGCACACACACACACACACCCCUUAUGUCAUGAAGCGUGGUUAGAGGGCAGCAGGCCGGGAGCAGAGAUAAUUCAGUGCUGUGUAAUUUCGCGAUUGACCACUGAAUACCCUGGGCAAAUCACGUAACCCUUCAGUGCCUCAGUUUCUUCAUUUGCAAAAUGAAGAUGGAACUCGCUAUUUACCUCCUGACCUACCUCACAGACCUGUAGUGAGGGCACUGAGCUGAGGUUGAUGUGGUGGAGCUGGAAACAGAAACAAACGCAGGCAUCACUGUCCUGCUCGCCUGCUGGGCUCGAAGGUGCGGGCUGCGGAGACGACCACCCCACCGGGGGGUCCAGAUUCUCGUUACUGGAGAGACCCUUACGAGUCCCCAAAGCAAAACCUCUUUUCGGAAAAUUCACCAAAAGUCCUGUAGUAUUGUUUUAUUGUUUAGACUUCGGAAUAUUUCCCUUAGGUAAAAUGUUUCUCAUCAGGUUUUCUCAUAAAACUCAGAUGCUAUUGUAGAAGCUGAAGUAGAAAAAGAGAAGAAAUGAUUCAGUGACUUUUAUAACUCACAAUGCCCUAAGACAAACUGAUAGGAAAGAAUUAGGAAAUGUACUACUUUUCCUAUUAAAUUUUUAUGAUUAUAAUAAUUGAAGUAUUAUACUUCAUGAACAGUAGAUCACUUUACUACUUCUGAGUUACUUCCCAAAUGAUUUUGGUUAAAUGACCCAGAGUAGUUAACUGUUUAAGCAGAAUUUAUCUUGCUGGAUCUUAUAUACGAUCAUUUUUGGAAAGUGACCUGGCUAGAUAAAUUUGAGUUCAGAAGGUAGUGAUUUAAUCACUGAAGACCAAGAGUUUAUUGCUAGGGAACUAAGUUAAUACUUAUUAAACCACCUGUAUAAAAAACAGUAAGUACAAAGGAUUUCUUUCCUGAAAAGCUUAUUAAAAUGUAAUAACAUCUACUGGGAAACAUUACUACUAAAAUAACACACUUUACAUGCAAAGUACAUCCCUUGAAGUGUUACUUCUGGCAAUUGUCUUUUGAUAUCUUUCUUACAUAAUAAUAGUUAUCUGAUUAAAUUUUGUACAUUAUUUUUCUAUAAUUGUUAUGUAAAGAUAUUCAGUAAGCCAAUAAUUCAAAAUAAUCAUUGCUGAAAGUAGUAAUUCAUAAUCUAUUUCAUGAAUUGCUUGUAAGUUGCAAAUUGUUUUUGUUACUCCAUCAAUAAGCCUUUAUUGCCCUGGCCUGUGUAGCUCAGUGAAUUGAGUGCCAGCCUGCAAACCAAAGGGUUGUUGGUUCAGUUCCUAGACAGGGCACGUGCCUGGGUUGUGGACCAGGUCCCCAGUAGGGGGCAUAUGAGAGGCAACCACACACUGAUGUUUCUCUCCCUCUGUCCCUCCCUUCCCUUCUCUAAAACUAAAUAAAAUCUUUAAAAAAAUUA